AUGUUCACCCUCCUCAUACUGCUUCUCGCUCUCUCCCUCCGCCCCUCCCCUUCCCUAGGCUGGUCAACAUUCGACCCGCGGGAAGCGACAAUCUCCUCGAUCCGCCAUGCCCUGCUGUACCAAAACACCAGCUGCCUGUCCAUCGUCCGCUCCUUCCUGGCCCGGAUAGACGCUUAUGACCAGCAAGGUCCUGCUCUCGACAGCUUCAUCGCCGUCUCCCCCAAUGCGGAGGAUUAUGCCUCUGCGUUGGAUGCUCUGCUUGCCCAGCCCGGAUAUUCCCCAGGGCCGAUGUUCUGCGUCCCCAUAGUCUUGAAAGACAACUACAACACCUUUGACCAACCUACAACCGGGGGCUGUCUAGCGCUCCAAGGCGCUCAGCCCAAAACGGACGCACCGGUCGUCUCGAGGCUCCGGGAAGCCGGAGCGAUCAUUUUGGGCAAAGCGAACAUGAACGAGUUUGCUCUUACUGGACUGUCGGACAGUUCUCUCGGAGGCCAGGUUCGGAACCCGUAUGACUUGACUCGGACCCCUGGGGGCAGCUCAGGAGGGACGGGAGCGGCCGUGGCUGCUAGUCUUGCCGUGUGGGGUACGGGGUCGGAUACGGUCAACUCGAUACGCUCGCCGGCGAGUGCGAACUCGCUCGUGGGGUUGAGGCCUACCAGAGGGCUUAUCACUAGGGAGGGGAUCAUGCCACUUGGCUAUACGCAGGAUGCGAUUGGCCCUCUAGCACGUACGGUACAAGACGUUGCUCUCGCGCUGGAUGUCAUGGUUGGCCCUUCGAAAGGGGACAACGUCUCCGCGCUCGGGGCGCCAUUCGUAGGGAAGAACUAUGAGAACGCUCUGGUCGGAGGGGCGCUGCCGGGUUUGAGGAUCGGGGUAGUGGAGGCUCUCAUCGGGAACAACACAUCGAACGAGACGACCCUCGUUACCUCCGUAUUCAACACCGUACUCACCAAACUCGAGCAAGCCGGCGCCGUCCUGGUGCCUAUCACCGACCCCUCCCUCGCCCAGCCCACAGUAUUCAACAACUACGACGUAGAGAACUGGGAGUUCCGGCAGGAGCUGGACGACUACCUCCAGUCGGGGAUGUUUGACUACCUGCCGUAUGACAGCUUUGAGCAGAUCUUUGACAUCGGCCUAUGGUUGCCUGGGAACGAGGCGGUUCCACCUUGGGUCGCGGCACAGGACCCGGCGACGUAUAACACGCUUUCUCCCGCCUAUCUAGCAAAGCUCGCUGCGAUCGAACAGUUCCGCAUCCAGCUCGCAAUGACGUUCGAGAAUAAUGACGUGUCCGUAUUGUUCUAUCCUCACCAACAGAUUCUACCGGUUUUAAUUGCGCCGAACGCAUCCCAAUCUGGUCGAAAUGGGAUCUUGGCCGCCGUCGCCGGUUAUCCAGCUAUCGGCGUCCCAGGCGGGUUCAGUCCUCCUACAUCCACAGCUCCUAUCGGUAUACCCGUAGGGGUCGAGUUCAUGGGCCGUCCGUUUGGGGAAAGGCAGCUGUUGAAUAUCGCUUAUAGCUUUGAGCAGAUGAAUAGGGCUAGGAGGGCUCCGCUGAGCACUUGGGAUACUGUGCCAUAUUAG